AGUUAUAUGCUAGCAAACAGAAACUGCAUUUGAAGCGCAGACGACUGUGAAGACUAUGAAGACUUGGCAAGCCCUCUGCCUCGCUGUUGGCCUCUACGGAGCUCUGUUUAUUGCAACCGCAGAGGAGCAAGACACGAAAUCGAAGGGGCAACUCUUAUUGCACCAAUGCAAGGACGACCACGUCUUAGAUGAGAAGUACCGGCCACAGGAACACUUAGACAAGAAUAACAUCUCUGCAUUUCCCGCUGACUGUCGAUACUAUUGCAACAGGAGCCAUGAUGCCAGAGAAAUUUGGUAUGGCUACUACGAAGCGUUUACUCCAUGCACGAAUUCUACCGACCUCUUCGAUGAAAAACAACAGAUCAAGCAUGGAAUAUGCAUUACCAGUGGCGUAACCGGACAGAAGACAUGGAAAUGUGAUUUGACGCAGCCAUCAAAGAUUCAGCUGGAAUCCUGCUGAUCAGCAGCUGUUGAGGAUGAAGGCGCCUAUAAUAGCGUACCUGUAGUGGACCUCUCCUCGAAUAAACAGAGUGUCAUACCCAACAAU